UGUGCACUCGAAAUCUCUAUGCAGCAUGAAAACAGCCUUAUCAUUAAUUUAAAAUUCUUGAAACUGCAUAUUUUCUAGUGUAGUUCGUAUUUAAGACGUUCUGCUGAAUGGUCGAGUCGAAUACAGUGUGAAAUUUUUUGGUUCGCAAGAAGUAAAAGAAGCGAAGGGGACUGAAGUAAUUCGAGACGCUAUCCAUGCUAUUCAAUUCCAAAAUGGCCUGAAACGGUUUGAAUCCACACAGUCUGGCAAUAAACUUCAAAAAGUUGACAUUCAAAUAAACGUUGAAGGAGUUACAAUAGUAGAUUCGAAGACAAAAAUGGCUCUCCAUCGAUAUCCUCUUCAAAAAAUCUCUUUUUGUGCCGAUGAUAAGCAGGAUAAAAGAAUAUUUUCGUUCAUCACAAAGUCGGAAGCCGACCCAUUAAGACACGAAUGCUUUGUUUUCCUAAGUGACAAAAUGGCCGAACAAAUAACGCUGACAGUAGGAGAAGCGUUUGACUUAGCUUAUAAGAACAUCGGUUAGCA